AUGGAAUGUAAGCAGGUUUACCACUACGGUCUGCGUUACUUUUUCCGCAGUUAUUACAACUUUAUGGAUUGGGCUGCCAUUGCGCUCUACCUAGCCUCUUACUCACUGCGGAUCAUUGUGGACUUUAAAGUUCAGUCCGCCUUGUCGCUCUAUCGAAGUGAGUUGCGUGUGGCUCAGGGAUUGUUGGCCAACGCGACUUGUGCACAGAGUCGACAGUGCCCGGAUCUGGGAUCGAACACACAUCACCAUUAUGUGGCUUAUCGGAACCAAAUACUCAGUGCCACCUCUGCCUACUGGUUACGGGGAUGUCGUUUAUGGUGGGCUCCCGAUGAUCCAGAAUACGUGUCCGAUUGCUUGUUUGCCCUGGGAAACGUGUUAUCGUUUGCCCGUAUCAGCCAUUUAAUGCCCGCUUGGGAACUGCUCGGACCGUUGCAAAUCUCUCUGGCCCGAAUGAUUUCUGACAUAAUUCGAUUUAUGGCCCUCUUCACCGUGAUGGUGAUCGCCUUUGUUGUCGGAUUGACAAAUUUGUACUGGUAUUUCGCCAAUAUCAUAGUAUCUGUGGAUUUGCAAGGACGUCUCAUUCGAUAUGCCAGUGGCAUACCAGCAUUCAAAAGCACCGGGGCAACCUUCUACACUCUGUACUGGGCUCUUUUUGGUCAGUCAUCAAACAAUGUGACUACCAUUGACGAGGAUCUAGCCAAACUGUACCCUGGACACGGAACUUUGGCAGUCGAUAGCAGUCCGUUCAUGAUCAACAGUUUGGGCAGUAUAUUGUACGCCAUCUAUAACGCUUGUAUGACUAUCAUUUUGCUCAAUAUGCUAAUUGCUAUGAUGAGCAAAUCAUUUGAUGAAAUUCAGGGUGACCGAUUAGAGGAGUGGAAAUUUGCUAGAGCCAGCCUCUGGAUGGUUUAUAUCGACCAAGAAGGGGUUCUACCACCUCCGUUGAAUUUACUUCCAUCCCGGGAAGCGCUUUCCUCAUUCUUUAGUCGUAUAGGCAAAGCGAUGUGCUUCAAUCGAGCCGGGGACAAAGAACCGAAGCAAAGUGUCAGUAUGUAUUUUGCCGCAAUGCGCAAUGCCGUAUGGGUGAACCAGUACUUGCAGACACAGAAUGACUGCACGCUCGAGGUCCCGUUGGGUCGGAUCAAGAAAACCACGACCACGACAACUGUGAGCACAGCACUAGACGGCUCACCGGUACACUCGAACAGUUGGGCUUCAGAUGAUGAGGGUAUAGUAGAAACAGAUCCGGAAAAGCAAUUCACCAAUCAAAUGCGCGCAAAUGUCCUACGGCGCUAUCUAUUCAAACUGCAGAAACAGAAAGAGGAAGAGUCGAAAUCUGGAGUCGAUUUGUUGGCCUUUGACCGUGUGAUUCUGGACUUGCAAAAAGUUUCCGUCAUUUCUGAUUCGCAUCCUCCAAACUUUGACUCCGAUCUCGAGAAAGAACAACUUGUUUGUAAUCAUGAAUUAAACAAGUACACCUAUGAAGAACGUGCAUUAUGCUUCCGGUACGAAUAA